AAAUACAUUUAUUUAUUUGUAAUUUGAUAAAGCAUUUUAAAUAAAAGGCAUAUAAAAAGAUAGCUAAAUAUUAAUCAUACAUCUAGACAAUUAAUAUUUAUUAUCAAUAAGAUACUAAUUUAAUAUAUCGUAUUUACAAAUUUUAUAAAAGUCAGUAUAGGGACAUUAUGAUAGGAUUUAGCUCAAUUGUUCUAACUUAAGAUAAAAAUUAUUUAUUAGCAGGAGAUUUUUAUGGUUUUAUUCACAUAUUUCCUAUUAAAUAUCUAUUGAAAAAUCAUCAUCUGAGUACUAUACAAGAAGAGAUGGUCUAUAAAUAAACUUGCUUCUUUGAAGUAGCCAAGUAUGCAAUUUUAGAUAUGAAGAUAUUAUCUACAGGAGAACUUAUAUUAGCUGAUCGCGAAUCAGUGAAACUCCUCUCAGCCUAAUUUUUAAAUAAUGCAAUAUCUGCUUCACUGAAUUAAAGCGUACCUAGAAGUUUAUUAAGCCCAAAUAUAUACUCUAAUGAUAUGAAAAAAUAUAAAACAAGUGAAGAUUAAUAAAUAAAAGCCUUUUUGUGCAAAAAUGAAAAUAUUUAUGUUGGCACUGAUAGUGGUUAAAUUAUCAUCUUUGAUAAAAUGAGUGAAAAAAUAAAAAACGAAUUUAAUACAGCUUAGUAUUUAAAUGAAGCAAUUAAAGAUUCAACUUCAAGAAACUUAAAUCCACUAAUUAAUCUCAAAUAAAAUCCUAUAUCAUCAAUGAUCUUGGCCAAGGAUGGAUAAUUAAUCAUAGGAUCAUAAAUAGGAGUCAUUCAACUAUGGAAAAUCCAAGAAAACGAUAACUUAGAAUAUAUAAGAACUUUCAAGCAUGAAUAAAAUUGCUUUUUUGAGUAAAUUUACACAACAGAAGUAUUUUAUAGCACUCUAUUUUGUGGUCAUAAUGGAUUUAUAACUGCAUGGGAUAUCUAAACAGGAAAUCUUAAGUAUGUUAUUAAUGCAUAAAAGGAUGUCUACUUGAUCAAAGUUGUAGAUGAAAAUAGGAUUUUGGUUGGAGGAGAUAGUAAAUAUAUCAGCUACUAUAAUAUUAAUAACGGCUAAAAAAUAAAGUCUAUUUCUACAACAAACAAUGCAAAUCUUUCUCUUUACUAUGAAUUCACAUCUUAAAAUACAGAAAUUGACACCUCAAAUCUUUUAAUUACUGCUGGGUCUUCACCAUUUUUAGAUGUCUUCUACAAUAACCUGAGAAUAUUCUUACUCACAAAUCCUAAUACAAAUGAAAUUUAAUAGUUAAAACUUUAAUCUUAAAAUUUAGAUUGAUUAGAUUAAUUGGUCCUAUAUUAAUUACAAUAAAGUUUUCUAUAAAUUUUUAUAUUAUCAUCAAAAUAGUAUAUAUUUAUGUAUCAACAACUAAUUUAUUAGCCUAUUAACUAAUAAAUAUCUCAAAUUAAUUAAAUAAUCAUUUUA